AUGCCUCCCCCCGAUCAAAACGGGCCUGAUGGCUCAUCACUUAAACCCGUCUCCUCCCUAAGAGCCAAGUUCGAGAACAUGAACAAGGGCGAACCUGCGCCUGCACCUGCCCCCGCGCCUGUCCUUCCGUCGGGCCCUUCUCCGCCUCGAACAAUCUCACCGGGCCCGAAGCCUGAGUUCCUUCGAGAUGCAGCCAAGUCUACCGAAAGCCUUCCGAUACCCCCGAGACCGAGAGAACGUGGCAGCAUCUCGACACCGUCUCUUCCUCCUCCGCUGCACGAGCCUGUCCCUCGAUCGCCGGGCCGCUCCCUGGGCAUACCUCCCACUUUGAAGCCGGAGCCCGUGAAAGCCCCCUCCGUCAUGGUAGAGCCUCCUCAAUCUCCUCCGAAGAACUCUGUUUCCAGAUUCGCGCCUGCCGAGACCCCGGCUUUCUUGAACGCUGAGUCCGGCGCAUCAACUCCGACAACUCCCACUACCGCGCGGCAGUUCAAGAUCCCGAGUCGGCCCCAUACCCCCUCUCUCGAACCGAAUCGGCGCAGCCCAAGGCUGUCGGCCUCCCAACCGCCCUCUCCCCCGCCCCCGAGAAGGUCUGGCGAGAUUCGCAGAGACAACAGACCCGCCGUCCCGCCGCCUAUCAACCGUGCUGAAAAGCCGUCAAUGCAGUCUCAGCCGAGGCCCUCGUUUUUCGCUGAUCAUGUUGUAACCGCCAAUAGACACAAGCUGAAGCCGGAGACCUCUCCGUUCAGCAGCCCGCCUAGUAGCCCCGAACCGGCACCCCCGGUGCUUCCUACGAGGCCAAAGGCGCCUGCCACGCAUUCGGAUCCGCCGCCUCAACAGCAACGGGGAAGGACACUGGAUGUUGGAUUUGCACCUCCGCCUGUACAUCACUCGAUCAUGACGAAGAGAAACCAGCGGGACCAGGAAACGAAUGGAUUUGUAAAGGGCCAAAUCACGCCUCAAAUUACUGGCGAGACCCGUCCUUCCGUACCAGCGCUCCCCGCGAGACCGCAUACGACCGCCGAGCCACCACCACGGCCCCUUUCUAUGACCAUGAAGCCGCCCCCACGACCCCCAAGGCCUGGUGUCAACACAAAUCCAGUCUCCGAGGCUCAACCACCGCCCAAACGUAUUGUUUCGACCCCCACAACCCAUCUUCCGCCACCUACCCGGUUGCCUGGACGUGCCAAUACGGUGACUGACAGAACAUCAGAGAGGACCACGCCUCGCCCGCCGCCACCACAACCUCCCAUCUCGCACCCUCCUCAACCCGUGCAACACCCAUCGCCGCCGCCGCCGCCAGCCGAGACGACGACUGCUCUCAUCCCAUCGAGCAAUCAUUCAAAGGUUGAUGUCAACGGCUCGAGCCAGUCCUUCCCGGAUCCUUCCAACGUCAACCGGAGACCCCCCUAUAUCAAGCAAGGUAUGCACGAAAUCCAGACCAAGUACGAUCCCAGAACAUUCGACGUUUGCGGCGACCUGGUUUGCACCACUGGCCACUUGACCCGAGUUUGGAGUUUGCGGGAUGGUGAACUCCUUAUGAGCUUUGCCCACGGCGAGGGCAUCAAGGCCACAGCAGUGGCGUUCAAACCUGGUAAUAAUGUGGAUGAGGAAGGCGAACGCCUAUGGAUUGGUAACAACUUUGGCGAGCUAAUGGAGGCCGACAUUGCGACGCAAAGUGUGAUUGCAAAUAAGCCGAGUGCCCAUGGCCGUCAUGAAGUCAUCAAAAUUUACCGCCACUUCAACGAACUGUGGACACUGGAUGAGACGGGCGGACUUCUCGUUUGGGGUCCGGAUGAGACCAGCACGCCAAAUUUGACGAAUAACUCACACCAAGCAUUCCGACUACCGAAAGGCCACACGUUCUCGAUGAUAAUUGGGGACGAGCUGUGGCAUGCGACUGGGAAGGAAAUUCGGGUGUUUGCUCCCAGUACAGAUGGGCAGACCCAGUUCCAAGUUCUUGUGAGGCCUAUGAUGCAGGAUACCGCUGGAGAAGUUACCUCCGGAUGCCAAGUCCGGUCGCAACCUGGCAAGGCCUUCUUUGGUCAUGCGGAUGGCAAGGUUUCGAUUUACAAUACGCAAGACUUCGCUUGUCUCGGGAUUAUCAACCUGAGCUCUUGGAAGAUCAACUCCAUCGCAGGUGUUGGUGAUUAUUUGUGGGCGGGAUUCAACACAGGUAAAGUCUGUGUUUACGACAUGGCGACAACACCGUGGUCUGUCAAGAAAGACUGGCAGGCCCACGACAAGAACCCAGUUGUGAAGCUCGUUUCGGACGCUUCCAGCGCUUACCGAAUGGAUCGUCACCAGGUAAUAUCUCUCGGUGCAGACAACGUGCUUCGCACUUGGGACGGCCUGCUGCAGGAUGACUGGCACGAGACGGAAAUGAAGGGCAUGGACACCCAGUACUGCGAGUUCCAAGAUCUCAAGGUGCUAUGUAUGACCUGGAACGCCGGUGCAUCUACGCCUCACAGUCUUCGAUACGCUGAAGAGGACGCGGAAUUCAUCAAGAGUCUGUUACAAGCAAAUAGCUCACCCGAUAUCCUGGUUUUCGGGUUCCAGGAGCUAGUUGACUUGGAGGACAAAACCGCCACAGCCAAACGUUUCUUGAAGGUCAAGAAGAAAGAGGGAUCAGACCAGGAGCGAAUGAGCCAUCAAUACCGCGACUGGAGAGACUUCUUGCUGAAAAGCCUCGAUGAUUACAUGCCGCAUGAUUGUCUAUACCACCUGCUGCACACUGCCACUCUUGUUGGUCUGUUCACCUGCAUUUUUGUCAAGUCGACGCUUAGAGAUCGCGUUCGAAACUUGAGCGCAUCGGAGGUCAAGCGUGGCAUGGGCGGCCUCCACGGCAACAAAGGUGCCAUUGUUGUCCGUUUUAUGGUCGACGACUCCUCACUUUGCUUCAUCAAUUGUCAUUUGGCAGCGGGUCAAUCACAGGCCAACAGUCGUCACAACGAUGUGGCGGCCAUUCUCGAAGCGCAAAUUCUCCCCCCUGAGCGAGACCCUAAUAUGCGUCUGGACAGCUUCGUUGGUGGUGGAGACGGCACUAUGAUCUUGGAUCAUGAGCUCUGCCUCCUGAACGGUGAUCUCAACUACCGCAUCGACACGAUGUCGCGCGAUACUGUGGUUAUUGCUGUUAAACAAAAUAACUUGGCCAAGCUACUCGAGCGAGAUCAGCUCCUUGUAGCAAAGAGACGGAACCCAGCCUUCAAGCUCCGCGCAUUUGACGAGAUGCCAAUCACCUUUGCACCUACGUACAAGUAUGAUGUCGGCACAGACAACUACGACACUAGUGAGAAGAAGCGCUCGCCAGCCUGGUGCGAUCGAUUACUGUACCGCGGAGGAGGCAGGAUAAAGCAAAUUGACUACAAGCGCCACGAGGUCCGCGUAUCCGAUCAUAGACCUGUCACCGGACGAUUCAAGUUCACGGUUAAGAAGGUCCAGCCAAAGGCGCGAGCCAUGGCGUGGGUAGAUUGCGUGUCGAGGUUUGAAGACCUGCGACUGCGCGAACUCAAUGAUGACAAGAUAUCCUAUCUGACGACUGUUAUUGGUUACGACGCCGCCACUGCUCAAAGCAUUCUCAACCCGCAGAGCGAGGCAUGA